AUGGCUUCCCUCGUCCGCAUCCCCAUUCGACGCAACCCUCACUACAAACGCAACGGUCUCAAGUCCUACGUCUACCUGCUCAACAAGUACCGCUUCAAUCCCACCAUCCAGGGUCCUUACUUUGCCGCCAAAGGUAACAAACUGGUCAAGCAGAACGACGACGGCUCCCAGGGUGAAGUUACUGCAAGCGAUCAACAGAAUGAUUCCCUCUACACAGUUCCAGUCAAGAUUGGCACCCCGGCUCAGACCUUGAACUUGGACUUCGACUCAGGAUCCUCUGACCUCUGGUGCUGGUCAACCGAAUUGCCACAGAGCACCCUCUCUGCUGGCAAGGGUCAUACCAUCUUCGAUCCUUCCAAGUCAUCAACAUUCCAGACCUCUCAAGGCUCCACCUGGCAGAUUCAGUAUGGCGAUCAAUCAUCCGCAUCUGGCACCGUCGGGACCGACAACAUCGAGAUUGGUAAUAUCACCGUCAAGAACCAGGCCAUUGAGCUCGCCAACAAACUGUCGUCUCAGUUCACCGAGGAUACCUCCUCCGAUGGCCUUCUGGGUCUUGCCUGGGGCUCGAUCAACACCGUUAAGCCGGAACCGGUUCAGACACCUGUUGCAAACAUGAUUGCCCAAGACGAUAUCCCUCAGACUGCGGAGUUGUUUACCGUCUAUCUGGGGUCUAUCAAGGACGCGAAUGAGGAGUCUUUCUACACUUUCGGCCAGAUUGAUCAAUCUGUCGUCCCUUCGGGUUCUAGCAUCGCCUACACGCCAGUCGACAACUCUCAGGGCUUCUGGUCGUUCGCCUCGACCUCUGCGCAAGUCAAUGGCCAGACUAUUCAACUCUCCGGGAACACGGCGAUUGCCGACACCGGCACUACCCUUCUCCUCACGUCCGACCAGGUCUGUGAGGCAAUCUACAGUGCCAUUCCUGGCGCCAAACAGGACAGCACUCAGCAGGGUUGGGUAUUCCCUGCAAACACUGCUGAAAGUGAUCUUCCCACUGUCACAUUCAUGGUCGGCGAUACUCCAAUCACCAUUGAGAAACAGCACCUCGCCUUUGCUGGUGGCGCUGAUGGCAGCACCGUGUACGGCAGUAUCCAGUCUCGCGGCGACCAGAACUUUGACAUCUUCGGAGACGCCUUCUUGCAGAAUGUCUAUGCUGUCUUUGAUGUCGGUAACACGAGAUUUGGCGUGGUACAACGUGCUGCACCAACAUCGACCUCAACCACGAAUGGGGGGUCUACCCAGUCCCAGGCAGCAUUGUGA